ACCAUCAUCAUCAUCAUCAUCACCACAAGCUCGGGUAAACAUUGUGUCGAUUGCGCCCUUAUCGCCCUCAAGUAUUGACAGGCUCCCAGCAAAACAGACAGCGAUGGCUGGGGGAAGACGCAACACAUCUCGAGCCCCACCACCAAAACCUGUGCCAUUUAUGGACCAUGAGCUUAAAAGAAUGGGCCACGCAGAGGACGGACCACCUCUGAUGCCCAUCACUCCUCCCAAGCACAUGACCAUCCCAGAUAUUCCUCGUAUAUCAGAGAUUGGGUUCGAGACAAUGAUGCUGGUGUUCAGCCUUAUGUCUCUAGCACUGCAGUACCUCAACAUCUAUCGCACAGUUUUUUGGCUUCCUCACUCUCACACAAAAUAUGCAAUGAAUCUGUACCUGAUUGACAGCAGUGUGGUAUGGUUCAUCGUGAUAACACUUACACGGCGAUGGGGAUGGAGCAUUCUCAAGCUGAUCAUCACCAGGUGUCUCCACCAGUCAUUGUGGAAGUCUACUUUAUCCGUUGCUCGAAUAUUAUUUGUGUGCACCAUAGCAGCCCUCUUAGGGUUCUGUCUGUAUACAAUCAGUGAUGCACUCACCUACAUAAAAAUCCUGGCUUUGGGAUAUCCACUUGUAUUUUAUGUGUUUAUAUUUGAUAUGGAAAUCACCUCCUUCCUUGAAGUGAUACCAGUCCCUUUACACUACAAAGAAGAAGGCUCAAAAUCCAGACAAGCUGUACCAAGAGUCAUACAGCAUGCGUGCCAGAACAGUGCUGAGGCAGUGCGAGGGGAAGUAGAGUUCCUCACUAAUGACUGCAACAAGCGCAUGGCCCAAGUCAUGUAUCAGACCAUCGUCAUCGUGUACUACACAACACUGAUUCCUUGCUUUUUUGUCCCAAGUUCACUUUACUAUGAUGUGCCGUGGGUCUCCUGUCACAUACUGUUUGUCACCACCACCUGCUUCAUGUGGCACUUACUGUAUUGCUAUCCCCCCAGGUACUGUGACAUCCUUCACCGCGCAUCUCUCCACCUUGGGGGAUGGGCCAGGCUUGAGGGACGGUCAGCACAUGCCCCAUACAACCCCUGGUCCAACUCAGUGUUAUGGCCCCAAGGAGCACUAGUGAAGCACAACAGAGAGCUAUAUCGAGCUGAGGGGAUCACCAAUGCUGCAGAGCCAGGCAACACAACACAUGCCAGACUACAUGCAAUAUUUUGUGACCCUUCUCGCCCCGUCUUGGUGUUGGUGUGGAUAUGUGUGUGUUGUGUGCUCCUCCAUCUAGUGUUGCUUGCAUCCCUGCAUCAGUGGCACCAACUCUUAGCGACUGCUCUUGUUCUCUCAGCCUCAUAUGCGGCAUUAUAUUAUCUUUUGAGAGACUACUUGGUUCUUAGAAAAGUAUACCAACAAGAACAGCAACUUCAGGAAAGAGUUGUCAAUUAGAAAUAGUCAUCUGUACAUAUAUCACCCACAGCAACUUCAGGAGAGUUAUCAGUCAGAAAUAGUUUACUGUACCAACCUAAUUUUAAGGACAUAAGGCUUGUAAUUAUGCAUUGCAUUGAUUAUAACAUGAAUCUCAAAAUUUCUGUAAGGUAUAAAAUCCCUCAUAGCAAAAUAGGAAAAAAUGUAUUAGAUAUACAUUCAUUGAGUGAGUUGGUUAUCUUUAUUUACGUAAGUCUUUGCUCCAUAAAACAUGCUCAAUGCGAGGUAUUUGUAUUUAUCGUUAAUUCUGAAAAACACUUAAGUGAAGUAAGCCAAAGAUGUGAUUUCUGAGUCAUUUUCCUAGCAAAGUUCAAACCCCAGUGUACAGGUCAAGGAAUCUUUACCUAUAACCUUGUCUUCUCCAUCCCCCUCUAAAAAUACUCUGUCUAAAAUGCUGUCAUCUUCUGGUCCCUUAAACACUGAUUGAAAAAAACUGAGACAAAGUCUGGCCAGCACAGUAAAGCACCCAGUUCAGAUAACAAACCACAAUUCCAAAAGUGGUUUAUAUUGACUCUGGUGCUGAUUGAUGAUGCACAAGUCAGUUUCCCAUUGUGUAUAGGUGAAUUGUUACAUGCAACCGGUGAGUUCCUUCUCAAAGUAAGCAGUACUGUUAACCCCUUCACUCCGGCGACGCCGACGGCGUCACCGUAUGGAAAGGGUUAGUCCUCUUCUAAACUUCUUAAUCUUCUUCCAUUUUCUCUGAAGCCUCUUCUAAACCUCUUAAGAGGAAAUGGAAGAGGAUUUAAAGGAAUUCAGAGGAGAAUUGAGAGGUUUAGAAGAGAAUUAAUCCUCUUCCAUUUACUUUAGACCCUUUCAAUACUGUGACACCGAUGUCUGCAUCACGGAUGGGAAGGGUUAAAUAGUAUAAAAACAUCAGGGAUCCAUUAGAUGGGAAAUAACUUUUUGAGUAUAUGAUACAUAUGCACUGUUUACAUGACAAACCAUGGUUGUAAAUUUAUAUGUAUUUGGAAGGAUAACUAGUGGACAUGCUAAAAGUGGAUAGUGGAUAGAGGAUUGGUUCUUAAACCAAUUUACAUACAUAGGUCUCUACAGGAUUUCAUCAAAUGCUGGUCUAAAUUCUGCUUAAAAGGGAACUUUGACUUGUACUAUGUCAGGUAGGUAUUUGAUUAUUUAUAAUGCUACUACUCAUGAAUAGAUUAUACAAGUUAUACAAAUUAGUUGAGGAUCACACAAUUUGUUUCUUACCUUAGUCAAACAAAAGGCAAACUUUGUUAGUCAUCUAUAAUAGUAUGUUUAGUACCGGUAACUGUUUUGUCUUGUAUGUGUUGUAAAAAGUUAUUUAUUUUAUCAUUUAUGGUUAAAAAGCUGGUGUGUAUGAAAAUUCACUUGUGUGGAUGCAGUGUUUUGUUUUGCUGUGGUUGUAAUUCUUGCCAUAAGGUAUAUGUUUGUGUAUGUUCGUCUCUGCCAUGCAUGCUCUUAUGCACAGAUAUUGUACCUAGAUAAAUCAUUACCAUAACAACUAGUCAUUACACUUUUGGUUCUGUGUUUUCAGCACAAUGUGCUUAAAUAUGAACUUUUAUAUUUAAGCCUCAAAAGUACUUAAACUUAAGUUUGUUUUAGAGCACAUUCUGCCCACCACAUGUAAGUAAUAGAAGUCUAGGUAUGGUGAAUACAAUACUUUACAUUUAAAAUUUUGUUAAGCAUUUCCAGUAAACUUAUAUGUAUGUUACCUUCAAGAGCUAAGAAAAUUUGCCUCUAAAGUUUAACAUAAUAGCCAUUGUCAUACGUUGAAAAUUUUACGAUCUGCCUUUUCUCUAUUACUGAAUUGCUGACAAAGGCUUAAAAGAACAGUCAGCUGUACAACUCAGAUGUAUUUUUUGUAAUAUCAUGUUACUGACUCGGUGGAAAUAGUAUAAAAUCUACAAUGAAAAAAUUAUUUUACUGA